CUGGGCUUGCCGGUAACAACGAUUACCAAGCGCAUCGGCGACGGUUCGCGCGACGUGCUGGAUGUGAUCAACGACGGAACUGUAGGCGCGGUGGUAAACACGCUUUCCGGCGACACCUCGGUCAUGGAAGAUGGGUUCUACAUUCGUCGGGCAGCCGUGGAACGGCGAAUUCCGUGUUUCACAUCGCUGGAUACUGCCCGGGCCGCGAUGGAAAGUAUGCUCAGCGGGUUGGAUAACUACAGCGUCAUGACCACCGACGAAUAUCUGAAUCCGCCGAAGUAG